GCUGGUGAAGUUUUUUAGGUAAUCUGGUCAGGAAUCAGGAAACCUCGAUUGAAGGCUGUUCAAACAGAGGGCCACAUCAAAUGAUCAAGGGCAUGAACGCUGAGCUGCAUGGGGCAUCUGAUGGCUGCUCACGAGUUGGCCCUCAAGCUAGAAAAGCUGGGGCUGUGGGAGAAGUAUCUGGGUGAGGAGAAGCGAAGAGUGAUGCUGAAAUACUUGAGCAAUCGGACUUCUUGGGAGCAGUUUUUGAGUGGCACUGGUGUAGGCGCUUCUUUGACUGAAGAGCAUAGGCGAGCGGAGUUUGAGCUAGGUAUGCAAGUCAGGUGCCUGCUCUAUGGAGAGAUGGCGGUCGCGCUCUACUCCGCAGAUUGUGCAGGCAGCAGCCUGCGACCAGACAGCGUGUACCACACCCUCGAUCAUUCAGUGGACGAUUGGCAGCGCCUGAGCGAUGAAGGCUCCAUUGAGCUGGCCAGUUUACGACAUAAGUUCGGUCUGGAUCUCGACGAGGCCCAACCAUCAAGCAGGCCCGGGGCUGACGGGGACGAUGGAUGCGGAGAGCGGCAGAAGCCCCGGUUGAAGGCCAGCCGAGAGAUCAUGAGCCUCAUGCCAGACGUCAAGCCAGGCAAAAAGGACCUUUUGGAGGACAGGCAGAACGAGCUCAACGACGCACUCGAGCACGUUCUGACGGAGCUCAAGAACAUGGGGGAGGCAUCUAAGCCAUUCCAGUGUAGAGUUAAGAAGUCGGAGGCGUGGGACUACUACACAGUCAUCCAGAGGCCCAUGGACCUAGGGACGAUGACGAAGAAACUUCGGGCGUACAAGUACCCCUCAAAGGUCAGCUUCCGGGAGGACAUCGAUCUGAUCGCGUCGAACUGUCACGAAUACAACGAGAAGGACUCGCUGUACGUGCAAUACGUGGACGAGUUGCAAGCCAAAGCGUACGCCCUCCUCGUAGACGUCCCCGACAUCGACGUCCUGGCCCUCAAGUCCGCCUCCGGGCCCGAGGCCGGAACCGGAAAGCCGCACCCCUCGCCAGUACGCGCGAGCGCGCCCUCCGAGCCGUCGAGCCCGGACAGCAACUCGGAAGACGAGGCGAUCGCGAAGUCGCGGCCAGGGUUUGGGGGUUUCGGGCGGCACCAGCCGGGGAAGAAGAUGCGCGGGAAGGCGGGGUCGAUCGGGAAACGGCUGCUGAAGGACAUGGGCGGCGGGAAUGCGCCUGGGGAGGGGGAGGCGGAGGCUGCGGGGCCGGUUCACACCGACGGGAAGAGUUUGGCACCGCCCGGCGGACCGGCGGACCCGGGCCCUGUGGCAGCGGAGGAUGGUCGUGCUGGAGGUCUGCCCGACAGUCUGGCGGGAGGCGCAACAGGGCCCGAAGCGAAUGACGACCCCGGGAUGCAUGUUCGUCACUCGCCGACAGGUUCUGAGUUGCUUGAAAAGUCCUCAGCGCAAGGGGCGACGAUCAGACUGGGGAACGAAGAGGUGGGGAUCAGGGAUGUUCCCGUCAAAGACGCGUUUUCCAGAGACGUAAGCGCGUCUCCUAGAGUGUCCCCAACCUCGUUAUCCCAACCAGGAACCCAACUAGAUGGCGACAAAAGAGACAACGGGCAAGGAGCGGGCGAGAGCACCGCUGGACGGGAGGAUGACGUGGCCGAGGCGCGGUGGCCCUACGGGGAGUGGCUACAGGCGACUCUGAUGCAGCGAAUGGAGCACCUCGCCGCGCGGGCGGCGGCUCGGCACGUUCCGUUUCCGGAGCAGCCGGUGCUCCAGCGGACGCCGGAGGGCAUGGCGCGAUACCUUGAGGAAGCCGCCCGGCGAGGGUCCGUGGUUUCCCACGCAACGCGGGCUGGGUCUGCGGAGCAGAUGGAACCCCCGGGACCCGCGGAGGGCGCGGGGGUAACAGGACUGAGCGACGAACCUUUCAUGCCGGAGCUCGAGUUUGCGACGGAUUGCGUCCCGGACGUGGCAGCCGUUCCGGGACCGUCCGUCGAAGCGGCCCCGUCCGAAGCCGCCCGCGAACGAGAACCGGUACCCGAGCGGCCCGCGAAGCGGCCGAAGCCGGACACCGUUUCCGCGCCCAGCUGGACGGACGAGCGCGCGCGCGCGGCGCUGCGGCAGGCGGCCGCGCGGCUCGCGGCGCGGGAGGGGUUCGACGGGAUCCGGCGCGGCGCGCUGGAGGUGCUGACGGACCUGCUCGGGGCGCACGUCCGGCGGCUCGGGCGGACGCUCCGGCUGCUGGAGGAGCGGUACGAGGGGCGCAGCCCGGAGGCGCUGCUCGCGAUGUGCCUCAACGGGUUUGGGGUCAGGAACAUCGCGGAGCUGGCAGCGUACACCAAACCCAAAGAACCGUCCGCAGCGCCCGGCCCAGGCCCGAGUGCCGGCGCAACUAAAGAAGCGCCUCCCAAGCCAGUCAGCGUGCAGCCUGUCAAGGCCUCCAAGCCGGAACCGAAAGCGCCCGCGCCCAUCCUGCCCGUGCGACCCCCAUCUUCCACACCGCAAUUCCCGAGUGUGCCAGUUUUCAAGGGCAACCUCCCGAAAGUGGAGACCGACCCGGAAAUGUCGUCCAGCCCCUCGCUAGAGCCCGAGAAGAAGAAGGCAAAACCCCGCGCCAAAAAGGCAGCACCCACCACGUCUGCUGCUCAAUCCCGUUUCCCCGGGCUCAAGUCUCCGACAGUCUCCCCGCCUGCCCCGACCGCCGCUCUCGGUUUACCUUCCCCUGCGAUCCCCUCAUAUCAGCCGGUUGUCAUUCCAAAUACUGCCCCUCCAAGCAUCCUGUACGGAGGCGCUGCUUCAGCCGGGGUACUAAGGUCCCCCAACAUGGCGUAUGGGGUCCCGUUUGGAUUGUCGUCCAGUCAACCAGUGCGGCCUGUUGGGUCAAUGGGCUUGUAUACCAGCCCGUCGUUGGAUGUACUUGGUCAACGGCCGUCAAAGGAUCAAGCAGGCAAGAAUGAAGGUUGAUGACAUAAGAGUAUGUCUUCGUUGACUCUAAAUGAUACAUGGGUCAGAAAGGUCGACAUUGUUCAACAAGCUCGAUUUUUGACCUACCGUGGUUGCUCUUCGGAUUAUUUGGAUCGGCCGA